GCAAAUUCGCCUCGACUGACAAGGACAAGCAGGACAAGCAGCCACUCCACCAUCAAACAGGCCAAUCAACCCCGUCUGGCCAUCUUACACCUACACCAGGAGUCCUACCUAUACGCACCGGGGCAGUCCACCACCGGCCAUGUCCAAGUCCAAGCAGAAGCGCAAGGCGCAGCAGCAGCAGCAGCAAGCCGGCGCGGCGAAGAGGGCCAGGACGGAGCCGGCCUCGCAGGCACCGGCCCCAGUCCUGCCGACAGUCGGGGCCGCGGCUGGGACCUUCGAGCCCAGGCUCCUGAGCACCGUCGUGCCGGAGGAGGACCUCGAGGUGACGGUCGACACGCUGCGGGCGCUCGUCGAGAACCCGGGCCUGAUCAAGUCCAAGGCCUGCAGGGACCUGCGGGCCGCCGUGUUCGAGUUCCGCAGGGCCUGCACCACCGGCUUCAACGCCAACGCCGACGCGAACCUCACCUCCCGCAUCAGCGGCGCCCUCGCCGACGGCGGCCACACCGAGGCCCGCGUCCUGCUGGCCGAGAUGCGCAUCCGCCAGCAGGUGCCCAAGCUGGGCGCCCUGUGCCGCUGGGUCCGCGACCUGGACGUCAUCAGCGGGCUGGCCGAGCAGCGCGAGGGCCGCGGGGCGCGCACCGGGGCCCAGGCCGAGACGCUCAGGGUGCUGGACGCCAUCCUGCGGGUCACGGGGCCGGUGGACCACUCCUCGCCGCCGCCACCAGCCGACGACAGCGCAGCAGCAGCAGCAGCAGCAGCAGCACCCGACGUGUCGCCACCCCAGCCGGCGGGCACGCUGUCGGUGCGCCCGGCGUGGGACCUCCGCGGGCCCGGCCGAGGCCCCCCGCGCCGGAUGACCUACGCCUCGGUGCUCGACGGGACCCUGGCGGCCUCGAUGCCGGCGGGGCUGCGCUCGAGGUUCCGCGUGGUCCAGACCGUGCCCGGCCCGCAGCGCAACCCGCCCAACAGGCACCCCGCGACCGUCUACGCCUCGACCGACGGCGCCGUCGCCCUCGCGCCGCCCUCGUCGCCCGCCGCCCCCGCCACGGCCCACCACUCCCACCCGACGGUCCCGGGCCUGCACCUCCUGCGCGACGUCCUGUCCCCGGACGAGUGCGAGCGCAUCAUCGGCGCGGCCGAGGGCGUCGGCUUCGCGCCCGACGCGCCGUUGCGGCCCGGCGGGGACGGUGCCGAGAACAGCGUGCUCGCGCACAACUUCUACUGGGUUGUUGAUGAGGAGUUCUGCCGCGGGCUCUGGGCCCGGGUGGAGCCGUUCGUCCCGGGUCGGGUUGGCGGCCGCAAGGUCCGCGGGCUGAACCGGAGGUUCCGGGUCUAUCGCUAUGUCCCCGGUGCCGAGUACCGCGCGCAUAUUGACGGCGCCUGGCCCCCCUCGGGCAUCCUCCCCGACGACACGUACCAGUACGACGCCAGCCCGCCCGGCGCAAGGCAGUCCUCGCUCUUCACCUUCCUGGUGUACCUCAACGACGACUUCUCGGCCGGCGAGACCACCUUCUUCCUGCCGUCGUCGCGCGAGGGGACCCUCAACGCGUACCCCGUCAGGCCCAUCCAGGGCAGCGUGGCCAUGUUCCCGCACGGCGAGACCGAGGGCAGCCUGCUGCACGAGGGGACCGGUGUGAUGCGGGAGGACAGGCCCACGGCCAAGUAUGUCAUCAGGACGGACGUGGAGUAUGAUGUUGAUCCCGGGAGGGACUAGCUUGCCUUGUCCUUGACCUUGUCUAUGGUUAUGGUAUGGAUGGUCUGUGACUCGUGCGGGUCCGCUUGUCCUUCCUUGUAUUCUGGCUGGCAUAAGGCUUCACGGGGGCGAAAAACGGGUAUCUGAAAUGGGAUCCCAGGUAGAUUGCUGAAAUAGACACCCAGCUACCUUCCUACCUGCCCAUUGCCUAUGCACAGAAUCCGUAUACAAACGCUAUCUCAGACCCGAACCAGAAGGAAAAUAGCCAACAGACAAUGCCUGAAAAUCAUACACAUAUGCCCAAACGUCCAAACCAAUGAUAUGCUGCUCUCGCCUGACACCUCUUUCCCCCCUUUUAUCUCUCUCUCUCUCUCUCUCUUUCUCUGUGGCCGGAAACCCCAUUUUAUCUCGUAUGCACCACCCCUCUUCUCCCCAGACCCAAGCGCCGGCUCGAUUCGUGUUCCCCAGCGUCUUCCAGCUGUCAUUUGCGUAACAAAAUGCACCUGGCCAUGCAGUACUGUGUUGCCAUCGCCCUGCCGUCUCUAACCCUCCGCGUCUCCCAUCCCCCCAUGCCAUGCUUAUGAACCACUCCUCCUCAAUCACCCCACACAACCUCACGCAAAACUGCUCGAGAUGGUGAUAGCCGUCGUGUAAAACAUGCCCACGACCCCCAGCACCAUCAGGACCACGUCGCCGAUCUUCUCCCCCGCCGUGGACGCGACGGCCCUGUAGUGCAGGAAGGCCGGGUAGACAUAGACGAGCGGGACGCAGGCGACGCUGCCGAUGAGGGCGACGAAGCGGUCGAGGUUGGUGCUGCCGCCGAUGCUGAUGGCGCAGCAGAUGACGACGAGGGCGGUGCGGAAGGCGUUCUUCUUCCACUUGGUCAGCAGGUCCUUCUUGCCGCUGCGGUGGCCAAACAGGCGGCCCUCGAGGAUGCGCAUGGCGGGGAACAGCUGGACCGGGUUGCCGAUGAGCACCGCGAGGGCGUAGAGGAACUGGACGGCGUUGACGAGCCGCGACGACUGCGGGAAGUUGUUGAUGACCUCGAUCUGCGUCUGGUCGCCAAAGGUGGCGUAGCACAGGGCGCCGACCGACGUGAAGAUGGCCGUGAUGAUGAGCAUGACCAGGCCGAGCAGGUACUCGAACUUGUCGGGCUGGCGCAUCGAGGCGUGGAUGGGGAUGAUGAGGCCGAUGCCCUCGAAGGUGAAGAUGGAGGCGCCGAUGGUGAGGGUGUAUGCGCCGGGGUUGAAGAGCUCGACGGUGGGGCUCAUGCCGCGGGCGGCGAGGUGGGAGAUGUCGUACUGCCAGAUGUAGCAGAGCCCGAUGAGGAUGAAGGCGUCGGCGAGGGUGGCGGCGGCGCCGAGCUUGGAGAUGUUGCGGAUGAAGCUCAGGGGGAUGAGCAGCAGGGCCUGCAGGGCGAUCAGGGCCUUGAUGCCGAGGGGGUUGGCGCCGCCCGUGACGGCGGCCAGGAAGCUGAACCAGUUGUCGGCGACAAAGACGAGGCCGGUGCAGACGAAGCCGAGCUGCGAGAGGGUGAUGCUGGUCAGGAUGACGUUGCGCAUCCACGGCCCGGCGAUGGCCUCGCCGAUCUCGCCGUAGGACCCGCCGCACGAGGUGCGGCACCUGAGCAGCAGGUGGAAGGCCCACAUGGAGAUGGCGGCGACGGAGACGAGGCAGACGGACGAGAAGAGGAUGCCGCCGUUGUAGAAGGCCUUGGGCAGGAACAUGAUGCCGGUGCCGACAAAGGCCUUGAGGAGGGUCAGGAAGGUCUUUGUGGUGCCGGCGUCGCCCUGGCGCCGCAGCACGCGCGACGACUUGCGGCGGACGUGGUGCGGGCGGCGGCGGACGAGCGGGGUGGCCUCGUUGGCGUUGGCGUUGGCGGCGUCGUCGUCGUGCCCGUCGACGGCGUGCUCGGAGGGGGUGGCCUCCUCGUCGGUGACGCCCUCGUCGUCCGAGUCGGCCAGGUCCUCGCCGGCAAAGGCGCCGUAGAGGUCGAGGAACUCGACAAAGCUGCGGGUGAUGGGCAUGCUGGUGCCGCCCUGGAAGCCACGCGGGCGCUGGGUCCUCUGCUUCUGCAGGACGUGGUGCCUGCGGAAGCCCUGGAUCUGGUUGAUGUCGCCUGCGGUCAGCUCGUCGGCGGCGGGCGACUCGGUGCGCACGGGGUGGGAGAAGGUCAUGGCGCGCUGGAUGCCGGGGGGCUGGGCGGGGAUCUUGAACAGGUCGCGGUGGAUGUCGCCGCCCUGGAGCAGGAGGGACGACUCGGCAUGGGCGGCGUCCGAGUCGUCGACGGCGUCCUCGGGGAGGAGGGAGGACGAGGGGGCUGGCUCGGCGGGGCCGUCUCCGGGGCCGUCAAAGCCGUCGAAGGCGGCGGUGUAGCCGUCGGGCAGGUGCUCUGCCACGACGGCGGCGACCCUCUCCUGGUCGUCGUCCCUGGGGUUGAAGGACCCGGAGAUGCUGUUGAGGCGGUUGAGGACCUCCUCGGGGAUGUCCCUGUACGAAGACAUGCUGGCGUGCUGGCGGGCUGGAAUGGGAGUUAUGAUGUCAACGAGCGGCCAAGGUGAGAUUGUGUCUGGGACUAAUAAGAAUAAGGUGAGACCUCUGCUCUCUCUGCUCUCUUUCCUGCACCUGCGACCAAAAAAGCUAUACCAUUUCGCGUGUGAGGCCCUCGUUGCUCUCACAUUGUAGGCAAUUGGCUGUUGGUGCUGUCGUGGCCUCGAUCGUUGCUGAGACGGCGACGGUGCGACGGUGUGGAAGGUGGUGCAGGCUUGAGCAAGCUGAGUGAGCGAGUGAAGUGAAUGAGUGAGUGUGAGAAAAGACUGAAAUGUUGGGGUUUGGGCUGGGAUGGCACGGGACGGGACGGGCAAACGGUCAGUCAGGUCAGUACGGAGCACGGAGUAGGAGUGACGCCCACGGUCAAGCUUUUUCCUUGCUGGCCCCAGGUCACUCGCUCCAGAUGUCACUCACUGCUGCUGCCCCCAGGUGGGGCACAGUCUGGUCAGUGCCCAGGCCAAGGCCCAGGGUCCUCUACUGCCUCCAGCACUAGUCCUGGCCCGGGGGAGGUCACCAGGAACCGCUUCGACCACUGGGGCGGGAUCUAACAGUUUGCAGCAUUCUGG